AUGAAGCGCGGAACCGACGAAUCGCGCGACGAAUGCAAUUAUCCGAAAAAGAAGAAAGAAGACACUUCUCCAGCUCCCUCUCUUUUGAGUCCCGCUUUUUAUUUCACACCGGUCCGUCUCUCUUUGGUCAGGUUCUCCAACGAUCUUUUGCAGGUGAGGCUUCUGCCAGACCGUUUCAACAGUCAAGCGUUAUCGCUUUCGAAUGUUCUUGAGCUCGUUCGGCCCAUCGCUUCCCUUCAUUUCAAUUUCAUGGUCGAUUUAUCCUGGCUUCUUUCGUACGUUCCUUCUGCAAUGAUUCCUGCGAAAAAAAAAUCCUUCAUAUAAAUCAGCAGUUUUGCGAAGAUUUCAGAUGCUAUCCAGUCGCCUGUCGCCCAACACCUAUCACAAUCAUCGUGGGAGAAAAAACAGGAACAGACGCUCGAACAAUUAGGACUGUUAGUUCCAUCACUUUUUGUAGAUACUUCGGUUUUGCAAAAGUGGUAUCGUGACUAGGCAGAAAAAACCUGCCGUUUACAAAAAGUUAAUUUUGAGCCUCAUUUUGCUGUGGUGAUAUAAUAACUUUGAGAUGGAUUCAAAAAAGCAUUUUGAAUUGAAGAUUUGAAAUAAAAGGAGAAUAAAAAGUUAUUGUUAAGAAAGGCAAAUGAGAACAUAUUUCUUUCACAAGAUAACUGUUUUUCCAUUUCCAUUUUAUUAUUUUGAAACUAUUGCUCUUGUUGGUUUGAACGAAGAACGUGAUUGAACAGGAAAUCGCGGCGAAGAAGCUGGAAAAUGUGGCGAUUUACCCUGCGCGUUUGCCGAUUCCUUUCGGGACUCAUCACACAAAACUGACGAUUCUGGAAGCGGCCGGCCACAUUCAUGUCAUCGUCUCCACCGCCAAUCUCGUCCCAGGCCUUUCUUCUUCGUCUUCCCUUCAUUCCAUGACAUUUUCAGGCGAUUGGGAGGCAAAAACUCAACUAUUUUACCAUGUGGCCGCGCCAAUCGUUGACCACGAUUCCGAGUAGGGUUUUCGAAAAAGUUUUAACGGAAAAAGAUAGAACUUCAGAGUUGGUAAUUUGCAAAAACAUCAUUUUGGCCAGGGCAGUAUGAAUAUUUUAAUAAAAGAUCGGCGUUCUGGUUUUGUUAAAGAUAAAAAAGUGCGCUGAUUGUGAAAACUUAUAGAAUCAGGAAGAAUAGCAACAAGAUAAAAUGUUCUCAAAAAUACUGUAAAAUACUUCAAGAAAAUGAUAGAAAAAAUUGAAAAAAAAAUUCAGUUUUUUCGAAAUCUGUGUCGCAUGCUCGUUGUGAUUAAACUAAUGUUGAACGGUGUUUCCCCUGUUUAAGAAGCGUUUUCUCCUCGGACCUUCUCAAAUAUUUGAAAGCUUACAACAUCGAGGCUCUCUCUUACUGGAUCUCGCGGAUACAGGCGGCCGACUUCUCAGCCAUAACAGAUCGUCUUGUGUUCUCUGUGCCUGGCUAUCACUCGGGUGCGAUGCUCAGAUCGGUUCGUUUUUUAAGAAUAAGAGAAAAAAAAGGAAAAGAAGCAGAAGCCAGUUAUUUUCCAAACAACUUUCUUUUUUUAGCCGUAAGUAUCUUUUUCAAAGAAACUAUGAUGAUUAUUGUUACUGUUCCUUCUUUCUUUCUUUCUAGAUGGAACCAACAAAAAAGAGGCUCUGUUCUAGAAAUUUAACUUCAUUGGAAACUUUCCGGGUUUUCUCGACCCGUGCAACCGAUAAGCCUGAACUAGUUCGGUUUUUAAAAAAAAACCAGAAGACUAUUUGAAAAAACCACACAUUAAUUAUAUUAGGCAAUCUCGCGAUUUUUCGAUGAAGUUUUCGAAGCAGAUUUCGAAAAAAAAAGUCCGUUUAUUACGAACCAUUCUUCUAUUUCAAAAUAUUUUUUCAGUAUGGUCACUUGUCUCUCAGGAAGUUACUCGCGUCUCAAGAGAAAAAGGAGGAAAAAGGCAAAAGUGUCAUUUUCGUUGCUCAAUGUAGCUCUAUUGGAUCCCUUGGCAAAGAGAUCAACACCUGGGUCCGCGGACAGUUCCUCACCAGCUUGAAUGGCGGAAACUCCGAUACAGGUUUCAGUCCGACCGCAAUUUUUAAAUCAGAAAAUCACGAGGACUUUCUUUUCACUUCACAUUCUCAAGUUAUCUGUAAAUUUGCUCAAUAUUUUUCAUGUACCAGGCUGUCCAAUAAUUCCUGUCCGAAAUUUUUUAAAAUUCUAUAAUUUUCCUUAGAAGUGUUAUAGUACCAGACAAGUGUAAGAACCUUCUAGAAGGUUCUCCAGAGGUCCACGCUAGGGGUACAUAAGGCGCAGUCGCCGCGCCGCGUCUAGCUACCAAUACAAGCUAAAAUGGACCAAGGUCGAAAUCGUACGUUCGUGUACUCCUCCUUCGUCCGCAUCGCAAGGAGUGUCUCGAUGACCUGGUCACUGGAGAGGAGAGCUGGGCUCUUUACGACACCGUCGCCCGCUGUGCCGUCUGGAUCCCGCGCGGAGAAGAGCCGCCGACGACGCCGAAAGUUGCACCCGCUGAAGAUCAUGCUCGGCUGCUGGUGGGACACCAAGGGCGUGUUGUACUUCAAGCUCCUCCCGCAAGGCAGGACGGUCACCGCCUUUAUCUCCACCUAUCAGCUCGAGAAACUAGCCGCCGCCAUCCGAAAAAAGCCGUAUUCCCCAGACCUCGCCCCCCUUUGACUACCACUUGUUCCGCCCGCUGAAGCACCAAGAAAUUUAACAACUACGACAGCCUCAAAUCCGACAUCGCGGACUUCUUCGAGUCACAGCCCCCGGAGUUCUGAGCGAAAGGGCAUCAGACCUGCCCAAUAAAUGGGCCAUUUUCGUGGAUAACUGUGGCUAAUAUUACCAUUUCUGAGCGGUGAAAUGUAAAUUUAAAACAUCGAGGCAUCCUAAAGGUUUAAAAUUUCUAUUUUCGAAAACUUGUAAAAUGAGCACAUUGAGUUUUUCAACGUUUCUGGUACACAAAAAAAAAUCUUCGAAAAAAUCACUUUUGAAAAGCAGAGUGCAAACUGAAAUGACCUUUCUUCUCAGCUCGAAAGAAAAUGGAUGAAGAUUUCAUUGGUUUUCUGCUCACCAACUCUUUCAGGAUCUUCUCGCUUCUUCUUGGUUUAUCCAUGCGUUGAGGACGUCCGCAACUCGAUUGAGGGCUACGACGCCGGCUGCUCCCUGCCCUACAGGGCGGCGACUGACGUCAGACAGCCUUGGCUUCGUCACGUCAUGUGCAAGUGGCGGAGCGAGGCCAACGGUCGCAGCAAAGCCAUGCCCCAUGCCAAGGUCCUUCUAAGUUCAGAUACUCGGAAAAUGCGUAUAAUUUGAGCCAUCGGUGUAUGCAGCCUGAUUUUUUUUUUAUAAAUUUUUACAAGUAAUUUUUAUUGGGAAAAGAACAAUAUAGUUUUUUCUUUAGAGACACUGAGGUCGAGGUGUUCAUAAAAGUAGAAACUCGGGAAAAAAGAAAAUUUAUCCGCUCGGGGAUAAAUGGCAGACAGAGGUUUUUAAAUUUAAAUAUUUCAUCAAGCCAGAUAUAAUUUUACAAAGAAAAAUGUGUUCGAACCAAUUUUUAUGCAGCAUACUAAUAAUUGAAAACUUUUGUUCAGACUUUCACGAAACUUGUCGACGGAACUCCUCAAUGGAUGUUAAUCACCAGCGGGAAUCUUUCGAAAGCUGCAUGGGGAGAGCUUCAGGUGGGCUUUAGAAAGAAUAUCAAGAAAUUUUGACGUCAGAAUAAAAAAUUUUUGAAUUUAUUCACAUUUUUUCUCCACACAAUAGUUUUCUCACUUCCAGGGCAACAAUGAAAAGCUUUGCGUGCGAUCAUAUGAAAUGGGCGUACUCAUAACAGAUCCUGAACGCAUGAAGCUACCUUACGAUUAUCCUUUGGUCAAGUCAGUGCAAUGAAAAUUUCUUUGGUAAAGUUUUUUGGCAGGUAUUCGAAGACGGAUGAGCCCUGGGUGACGGACAAAAACUACGCGACACCCGACUCCUGCGGGGGAACUUGGAUCAUUUCCUAA